CUUGACGCCGUACGUGCGUAGGCGCUUCCUCAACUUGACUCGCAGAAACAGCAAAAUAGAAGAUGGCUGGUCACCGGUUGGUCCUGGUGUUAGGUGAUCUGCACAUCCCCCACCGGUGCAACACCCUACCAGCCAAGUUCAAGAAGCUGUUGGUCCCGGGGAAGAUCCAGCACAUUCUCUGCACAGGCAACCUCUGCACCAAGGAGAGCUAUGACUACCUGAAAACCCUCGCUGGAGACGUCCACAUAGUCCGAGGAGACUUCGACGAGAACCUGAACUACCCGGAGCAGAAGGUGGUGACAGUGGGCCAGUUUAAGAUCGGUCUCAUCCACGGCCACCAGGUCAUCCCCUGGGGCGACAUGGCCAGCCUGGCGCUGCUCCAGAGGCAGCUGGACGUCGACAUCCUUAUCUCCGGGCACACGCAUAAGUUUGAGGCGUUUGAAAACGAGAACAAGUUCUACAUCAACCCUGGUUCAGCCACGGGGGCCUACAGUGCACUGGAAAGCAACAUCAUCCCCUCUUUUGUAUUAAUGGACAUCCAGGCGUCUACAGUGGUGACGUACGUUUAUCAGCUGAUCGGCGACGACGUGAAGGUGGAGAGAAUCGAGUACAAGAAAUCUUAAAGGGAGUUUGUGAGGAGGAGAGGCGGGGGUCAGUUUGGCUCAAUGUAAUGUUUCAUUCCUUUCCACCAGGGGGCAGCAGCUCACCCCCCACAG